GCCACAUCUCGCACUAAAAAAAGGGCGGGCCAGAAUAGAGUCCUGCAUUCUUGGCUUGAUUUUCCUUUGAAGGAACUCCGUCAGAGUCGCCCCCGAGUCAGAGCUUGAGCAGGAGCAGGAUGACCACCAUCUUUGACGGCUAUGAUGAAGAGUAUCGCACGCUGACCAGCGAUAUCUCCAAGAAACUUAGCGAGAUUGCGUCGUACGAGGACCAGAAAGACAAAAAGAAAGCGAGCAUCGUGCAUGUGGGAGACUUGCUGACACAAGCUACGCAACUGAUUCAGCAGAUGGAGUUGGAGGUGAGGAGUCUAGACGCAGCCACUCGUCGCGAACUCUCGAAGAAAGUGGAUCAGUACAAGAAGAGCUUGGCUUCGCUGUCGGCGGACCACAAGAAAAUACGUGAGAAGGAGGAGCGCGAAGGACUUUUCGGCGACCGUGAUGGCAAUGCGGCUUCAGCGGAGCACCGCAAUCGCAUGGCAGCAGCUACCAACAAGAUGAAAGGUACAACGGACAAGCUUGCGGCCGCACGAAAAGAAAUUGCUGACACGGAGGAAGUUGCACUUGCAAUUGGUGAGGAACUUGACCGAAAUCGUGAGAAGAUAAAAGCUACGCACGCGAAGGUGAAAGACGUGAACGAGAUGGCUCGUCGUGGAGGCAACAUCGUUGGCCGCAUGUCAGCACGAGACAAACGCCAGCGAAUGGCCUUGUCGAUUGCGGCAGGGUUCAUCAUCAUCGCUAUUCUGCUCUUGAUUUACUUUGGCAUUUUCAAGAAGAAGUAGACGCAAAAACUCACCUGGCAUGACAGUGAAGCCGGUUAAUUUCAUUUGUUUUGUUUACAACCACAAAGCUGAGUUCGAUCCUACACCAUGAACACUUAGACCGCAAAGCGUUCGUUAGCUUCCUGCUUGAAGGUUUGGCCUCCAGUACCCGUAGCAUCAGCUGGGCGCAGGGACCUCUCUUCAGGGACAUCUUUGGCAGUUGGAGAUUUUUUACCUUGCACAUGACCUCGUUUCGAGAGGUGGAUCGGUGCGUAACCAUUCUGAAGGCGUCUGCGCUGGUGUAACACCAAACCGAAGCAAAACAGAGCAGUAACAGAAGCAGCUACAACUGCUAUGGGUUUCCGA